AGACCAGUCCGAUGAACUAUUGAUCUUGUCACGUGAUUAAUUCCAGCCUGAACUUCUUCUCUCCCUAUAUAUAAGUCUCCCAACACAAAGAAACCAACGCAUACAACCACAGCACAAAACAGGGGAAACAAACACACAUAAUAUUAUUAUUCUUAUUAUACACACCACCUUCAUCACCAUAUUCUCUCCCCAUUCUCUCUCAACCUUAAUCAUGGAGAAUAUUGGUGAAGAGUACAAGCAUUACUGGGAGACCACCAUGUUCCUCCAGACCCAAGAGCUUGACAGUAAUUGGGGGUUCGAGGAGGCUUUUUCAGGCUACUACGAUUCCAGUUCCCCUGAUGGUGCUGCUUCAUCUGCAGCAUCUAAGAACAUUGUUUCAGAGAGGAAUAGGAGGAAGAAGCUCAAUGAAAGGCUUUUCGCGCUUAGAUCGGUGGUUCCUAAUAUCAGCAAGAUGGAUAAGGCUUCAAUUAUUAAGGAUGCUAUUGACUACAUCCAGCAUUUGCACGAGCAAGAGAAGAUAAUCCAAGCUGAGAUCAUGAAUCUUGAAUCUGGGAUGCCAAACAAGAGUAGUUCGAGCUAUGACUUUGAGCAGGAACAGCUUCCUGUGGUGCUGAGGUCCAAGAAGAAGAGAACCGAGCAGAUAUACGAUUCAGUCAUUUCAAGAAACUCCCCAAUUGAAGUCCUUGAUCUGAGCGUGACCUACAUGGGGGAGAAAAUUGCCGUGGUGAGUUUGACAUGCAGCAAAAGGACAGACACAAUGGUGAAACUGUGCGAGGUGUUCGAAUCUUUGAAGCUCAAGAUCAUCACUGCUAACAUAACUUCGUUUUCAGGGAGGCUUCUGAAAACAGUCUUCAUCGAGGCCAAUGGAGAAGAUAAGUAUCAUUUGGAGAUAAAGAUCCAGACAGCCAUUGCAGCUCUUAACGAACCUCUGAGUCCCAUGAGCAUUUAAGGAAGAAGAAGAAAAACAUCAUUAAGUUGGGGUUUCUCAAAUUUGGGGUCUCUAUUGUAUAAAUAGAAAAGUUUAGGAACCAUGCCUUUCAUAGAAGUUUUCUGGUUAUUACGUGCAAUUUGGUUUAGUUACCCUUUUUUUCCCUCUCAAUAUUCCCAUCAAUCAAAUAUCUUCAACUUUGUCACCUGGGAAAGUUUGCAAGUUUCAUA